AUGACCCGUCUCUCUUUCCUCGCAGUCUGCCUGAACCUGGCUCUCCUGGUGUCUGCAGCUCCAGUCAAACGCUCAGAUGGCGACGACAUGGCUACUGCCCAGGUAGCUGCUGAUUCUCUACAGUCUGCCGCCAAAAUGAUGCAACAAAUGAGCGAGACCUACGGUGCCAGCACCGACGAGAACGCGGACGUCGGAAACAACAUGCCCGUGCCCAACACGCACGUCACAUUCCCCUCGUCUUCCGGAAAAGCACACGCCGCCAUGCACCCUGCCACGCCCGAGCCCGAAGAAGAAGAGGACCCCGAAGCCGCGGCACCUUCAGCUGCAAGCACCAAGGCGAACGAGGAAGCCGACGCGGCCACGCCGUCUUCUCCCAACGGCAUCCUCAUGCCCUCUGCUGCUGCUGCUGCGAGCGUGCCCUCGGCUUCUGCCUCUGUCAGCGCGGAACGCCUCAACAGCGACAUGAAGAGCAAGCCCGCGGCUGAGCCCAGCGCUGAUGACGAGGCGGCGGCCGCGCCGGCGGCGGCUCCGAGCCACCAGGCCAAGAAUGAUCCGUUGUCUGGCUUGCCGCUUGUGGGUGGAUUGUUGAGCGGUGGUGGGCUUUUGUAAACGUUUUUUUUUUUUUUCUCCGUCCGCUCCUUUUCUUUGCUUUUUGUUUGAGAUGUUUAUUUGGGAUGAGCGCGGUUGCUGUGUGAAUAUCAGGAGGGAUGGUGGUGUUCUCGGGGAUAUGUUGAGGGUUGAGCUAGGUGGUAUGGCGAGUAGUUCAAGUAGUUGUGCACGGUCAUGAGCAUCAGCAUGAGUUAGAUAGUUC